ACAGGCAGUGACAGGUUCACCUACAGAUUGACCGCUUGAAAAAAGUUAGUGUCGCCCUAAAAACAUAUAUGCACAAUGUCAACAAACGGCAAGACCUCGAGAAUUUUACAGUUCAUGGCCCCAGAUGAGCGCCGUCAGUUUGGAAUCGAGACUCCGUUCCAGCGUCUGGCUUGGCAAAUGCAAGACAUAUUAGGGGAUGGAGGAAUUCUCAAAGAGGUCGUCCAUGCAGGGGAAGGUCCACCCGUACCCAAGCAUGCCUCUGUAUCAAUUCAUUUCUCUGGUUUCAUUGAGUACUCUGAAACACCAUUUGAGACAACCAGCCACCUUAAAUAUCCGCGAAUGAUGAAGCUUGGUAGAGAUGUUACUUUGUAUGGCCUAGAGCUUGGCCUUCUUACUAUGAAGAAAGGCGAGUUCUCCCGUUUUCUCUUCAAGCCCAAAUAUGCCUAUGGGGACCUUGGGUGCCCCCCGCACAUACCUCCAUUAGCCACAGUCCUCUAUGAGGUGCAAGUCCUCGAUUUCCUGGACUCAGCACAAGUGGAUGAAUUCAUGGAUUUGAGUAUGGAAGAGCAGAACAAUGUUCCUCUGUCCACAUUUCUGAAUGUCCUGGAGACACAGCGGAGCUUUGGCAACCUCUGCUUCAACAAGAAGCGCUAUGAAGAUGCUCGAGAGAGAUACAAGCAGGCCAUGACACUUUUGGAGAAUCGUGAGCCGGUGGAUGACAAAGAGAAGAAGUGUCUUGAGAACAUGAAAUUGCCUUUCCUGCUCAACCUCUCACUCACAUACCUCAAACUGGAGAAACCCCAGAAGGCCCUUUGCUAUGGGCAGAAAGCGCUGGAUAUCAGCCCUCAGAACACUAAAGCACUCUUCCGCUGCGGCCAGGCCUGUUUGGAGAUGAGCGACUAUGAGAAGGCACAAGAUUACCUUACACUCGCUCAGGCCAAAAAGCCAUUUGACCCUGACAUCAACACCUUGCUGAAAAAGCUUGCUCUCUGCUACAAGGAAUAUUUGGACAAAGAGAGAGAGAUGUGCUCCAAGAUGUUCUCAGGUUUUAAGCGGAUGAGAAAGUGAAAGCUUGCAGUGUACAUGGUGGUGUUCUUUACCAUUUUUUACACCCUCCAGAUUGACCACAAGUGGGCAGUAUACACCCAACAAAUUGCCAAAAUUUUGGUUUGAGUAGCCAACAUUGCUUUAAAUGUUGUCAUACAUUUAAUUGAUUAUGUUCACUUUUGUAUUGCAUUAUUUUCUGUUUGCCAACACAAUAUACCUUUUUGUAAUAUAUAUUUUUUGUAUUAUGUUCUGUAUAUUAUAAGAUAAGCUUUAUGAUGACAGUCAAGAUUUUGCAGUGUUAUGUUCAGUACUUUAUAUGGAGCAUCAGGAUUUUUUCCAAGUGUGUGGCUGGAGUUUCAGAAGUAUGUAGAGUUGUUAAUUGUUUUUCAUUCACUUUUUUUGUAUGUAAAUCCAUUGUCAUCACUGGCAAGCUAUUUUGUGUGUUAACACGUAAACAAUUGUAUUCUAAAAAAUUGUUCUGCCUUGCUCAGUGUUUUGAAUUUUCCUUAGAUUUAUAUGGAAAUAAUUAAUACUGUACAAGUUUACAAAUACAUAUAAAUUGUGUUUACUCUAAUGAAAAGUGAACAAAUAUUUCAAUAUAUACUGUAUAUAUAAAGUUUACCUUCAUAUCCUUUAUACAGGUCUUGUCAGCUUGCUAUGUUGUCUUGGUACAUUUUACUGCCUAGUCUUUACUCCCAGUGCUGGACACUUAAAGCUUUCUUAAAAAUGUCUUUUCAUCAUCACAAAAUAGUAAACCAUGUUGUGUCUGUCAAAAAUGCAGCACAA